UGCCUGGUGCCCAGUAGGAGGACUGACGGACGGGGGGAGUCAGGCAGCCAGGCAGCCAGGGAGGGGUUGCCAGCGACCUCAUCACGAUACAUAGCGGUGGGCCGUCUAUUUAUGAACCUAAGCGCGCACACAUCAUCAGCUGCUUCGCUGAGCCCACACAUCAUUGUGACCGCAUACUGUCUAUUCGUUUGCGGGGUAAAGCUCACUUUUGAUGGCCAUUUGGAAACCUCAGCGGCGUUUCGUGCAGGCUCGAUCGGGGAGGAGACAUUACGGCGCGAGGUAGCUAACGUUAGCUCGCUAACAAGCUGCCUGGCAUGGCCGCCUAACCAGCUGCCAUAGACCUCUCUUGAUGGAUCCCAGAGGACAACAAAAGGAAGAACACAAGCAGUGAGCACGGCCAAUAACAAGGGAAUCUGACCUAAAGCGUAUCAUCAGACUGACUUCAGUGCAUGUGGCCUCUUAAGUGGUUCCUAGGCAUCUGUUAGGCAGCUCAAGGGCCUACUGCUAUGCACUAUAAAAUGGGCGACAUGGGUGGUGGGAAAGCCAGGAUGUGCAGGACCACCUCGCUGGUAAUGGGGCUUCUGAUAGCCACGGUCCUGGGUGCUGCAGCGGAAGAGCGGGAUGCGCUGGUGGAGAGGUUCACCAUUGAACUGGAGGCUUCCAUGCAGUCUUCCGUGCUCCCCGAGCUCCAGUCUGCUGCCGCAGCCAUGGCAACGCCGGAGUCCUCUGUGAACGACGGUGGUGUGCAGACGGGCAUCCCAGACUCCUCAGCCAUUGUGGGCCAGGUGUUCCAGCUGAGGAUUCCACCGGUACCUGAAAACGCCAGCUGUGAUCUCCACCUUACUGAGAUGGGGCAGACGGCUUUACCGCAAUGGCUCUAUUGGGACAAAGAGAGCUGCAUUCUGAGAGGCCUGGCCCUAGAGCUAGAUAAAGGUGUGUACCACAUUGCUGUGUCUGGACGAGACACAAAUGACAAGACCGGCAACCGAGAGUUUCCCACAACGGUCUUUUCGAUUGAAGUUUACCCCGAGGAGCGAGCAGACACCGAACCGUCCCUGCUCGCACUGCAGUCUGAUCUGAGUGGCUUGCAGCCUUUCACUUGUGGCCCCGAGGAGCCUGUCACGGUCCUCACUGUCAUACUUGAUGCCGACUUGACAAAGAUGGUUGCAGAGCAGAGGGUCACUUUACUGACUGUUAUGAGAAGAUUCUCACAUGUUCCCGUUGAGCACAUGAGGGUCGUCCCUGUUGUCAACAACCGCUUAUUUGACAUGUCAGCCUUCAUGGCGGGACCCGGGAAUGCUAAGAAAGUGGUGGAGAAUGGAGUUCUGCUGUCAUGGAAACUCGGCUGUGCCCUUGACCAGGGCAACAUUCCAGACAUCAGCAUUGUCCAGUCGUCCGCAAAGGACGGAACCAUGUCGGGCAGGCUGGCGUACCCGGUGGUUGGUUGGCACAUCGCCAACAAAAAGCCUCACGCGGUGAAACGCGUCAAACGACAGUUGUACAACACCCCUACUCCGGUGCCCUCCCUGCUCCCUCCCACCACUUACCCAGAACCCCCGGUUCGUGUCGUCCCCAGCCCCACUUCACCCUCGAUCGCCCCCGCAACAGACCACUCUGCGCCACCUGUCCGCGGUCCUUUACCCCUUCCCGUCAAGCCCACCAUGAGAGUCCGAGAUCAGAUAGCUCACACGCCCGUUUUGGGUCCGCCUCUACCCACCAGGGCUUUGGGAUCGACAAGCACCAUCCUCAUCCAACCUACCAUGACCAGACCUACAUUUGUGGAAGCCACCGCUUUACCAACGCUACCAAGCACCACCAAAAAGCCCAAACCUUCGAGCACAAGGAAGCCCAAGAAGCCCAAAACGUCAACCCCGGCUCCCCGGGAACCCAAAUCCACCACAGCGAAACCACCAAAGCGUACCACCUCGCUCCCCUUGGCUCCAGACCUCAAUAGCAUGCCAGAGAUCCGCAACCCCAUUGACCAGGUCAACGCGUGGGUGGGCACGUACUUUGAGCUGAAGAUUCCUCCUGAUACGUUCUUCGACAAAGAAGACGGCACAACCGACAAGUUGCGUUUGACUUUGAAGCAUCCCCCUAGAGAGGCAGUCGGUGAAACUUCCUGGAUUCAAUUCAACAGCACCAUCCAGCUUUUGUACGGACUUCCCGAGGAGCAGCACAAGGGCAAACACGAGUAUUUCAUGUUGGCUACUGAUAAAGGGGGAAGGAGUGUUAUGGAUGCCUUUGAGGUUCAGGUCAACCACUGGUCAACGAACCAUAAACCCUCAGUGGUUUUCGUCGCCCGUUUUCACGGCGACCCCAAAACUCUAAGCGGCGAUAUCCAUAAAAAGAUUCUUCUGACAAAAAAGUUAGCAUAUGCUCUUGGUGAUCGCAAUAGCAGCACAGUGACCCUACAAGGCAUCACCAAGGGCUCCAUCGUGGUUGAAUGGACCAACAACAGCCUCCCGCAGGGUUCUUGUCCAAAGGAGCAGAUCGCAGCUCUCAGCAGCAUCAUUGCAGAUCCGCAAGGGACACCCAAACCAGCCUUUAUCAAGGCUAUGGAGCCUGAAUUCAAACCCAUUAACAUCUCCGUUCGCGGUGCCAACAAAUGUCAAAGCUUCACUUUCAUUCCACCGGGAGAGGUCCCGCCAAUCCCCGAUACCCCUCCCGUGACACCUUCACCUGGGACGGGGCGUAGAAGCAGCGACGACGUCUACCUGCACACGGUCAUCCCCGCGGUCGUGGUGGCGGCCCUGCUUUUAAUCGCCGGAAUCAUCGCCAUGGUGUGCUACCGGAAGAAGCGCAGAGGGAAGAUGACCAUGGAGGAACAGGCCACCUUCAUCAAAAAAGGAGUCCCUAUCAUAUUUGCCGACGAGCUGGAUGAUUCCAAGUCCCCGCCGUCCUCCAGCAUCCCUCUCAUCCUUCAGGAGGAAAAGCCGCCGCUGCCUCCCCCGGAGUACCCCAACAUGGCAGGUCCCCACAGCACGCUGCUAAACCAGGAUUUGUUGGAAGAGUAUUCGGUGUACCAAGAUGACGAUCCCAACGCGCCUCCUUACCAGCCGCCGCCACCUUUCACCGUCCCCAUCGAAGGCAAAGGAUCCCGCCCUAAGAACAUGACCUCCUACAGGUCACCGCCCCCUUACGUGCCUCCCUAACGUCCACUGGAGCUGUCCGUUUGGAAUUCAGGUGCACUGUAGGGAUGCUUGUUCAAAACUACUGCGGACGUAACUCCACACACGGAUUUCAAUGAAAUGCAGACAACCAUGCGUAUAUUUUGACCAUCAUGAAUAAGAAUUCAGAGUUCUCCUUCUGGAACAGGCAAAAGAGACACUUUGUAAUUUCAUUACUCGAGCUCACACUCUUUGUUUGUCGCUUUUGACUGUUUCCAAAUGCUUUGUUUUGCCGAGAAGAGUCAAGUUUGUCUCAACGAUGUACUAUUUCUAUUGUAUAGAAAAUACUAGAGCAGGAGAGACUGAGGCCCAUUGGGCCUUGAAGCAGAGCCGUGGCUCUCCCUUGGCGUGCUGUUUGAGAGCCGAAUCACUCGUACGUGUCCUCAGUUUGGUUUGCCAAGAUUUUGGAGGGGAAUUUAACAUCACAAGCUAAACUGAAAGGAUACGCACACACAAUAAUAAAACCAAUCCCUUUUCAUUCUUGCUUUUAUUGACAGUAAUGACUUCUUGCACCACACUUCAACAAAAUUGACCAGUCAAGUCAAAUAAGAAACAAAUUGUAUUUCUAAUGAGUUUUCUAAAUUAGUCACAAAAUAAUUACACUAUUUUUCUUCGUAUUAUUUUUGUGCCACUUAACUUGCCGUCUGAGAUGUUUUGUGUUGUUGCCAUGGUGUCGACUGGCUGUCGGGUCAACAAUGAAUGCUUCACUGCAGGGUAACAUGAGCAUGUUACACUCAAUAGAAGAAGUUUGUUUGGCUUAACACAAUACCAUUUUUUUUGUUUUAAACACAUUUUUUUGGGGGGCAUUUAUUGGCUUAGGUGUUUUGAGUUGCGCCAAAUCUUUUUGCAAGUAGAAGAGUUCAACGUAAAAUGCGAGUGUUGCUUGUGAGUCGUUAACCCUCCAUGGCGAUGACGUGUCAAAGUUGGGCGUACAGUGUGAAACGUGAUAACUGGACUUGUGAGCAGUGUGGAGUGGACACUUGCAUUCAGUUGAUGAGGAGCAGAGAACACCGCUGUGCUCUGCUUUUCCUCUCGGUGUCGCACAUGGGGAUGUAAAUAAUUGUGUGCCUGUGAAAUUAAAGAACUCCAUCAUGUUCGUGUUUUUACCAGUCAACCUAGUUGGGAAGCGAAGGGUCACAGUGGGGAAAUGAUUUUAUUUUUUAAUUGUAUGCUUAGAUUUAUGAUCUCUAUCAUCAUAAUGAACUUUAUAGUGUGCAAAAACGUUUACCUGCCCAUCACAAAGAAAUAGUAUCAUCUGAAUAUGAUCGCAACAUAUGUGAAUUAUGUACAAUUCAUAUCUGAUAGCACCAUUAGAAAAAAAAUCUAAUGUUUUUACUGAGUUUUUGAUACAGUCUUAAACUUGUUUUAUGAAGGUAUAUUAAUAAAAUGUAAUACAAUUUGUAAAGCCUCA